GGCCUCACAGGAAGUGGAAUGGACAUCACGACCUCUGGAUUGUUUGAACAGUUACUGAUCUUAACGUUGAGCGGCUGACACGUGGCGACGAACCACGCAAAGCUGACACGUGGCGCACCUGUCUUGGUCUGUUCUUGAUUCGGGAUUUGUUUACUCCCCCCCCCUUUUCCACCUCCUCCUUCCCUCUUAAACUACGCGCUAUAUUCUUCUCUCAAUCCAGUAUUCUUUGUGCAGAGAGAGACGAGCGCGCACCUGCACGCGCACCUGUGUUUGUGUGUGUGUGCGUGUGUGUGUGUGUGUGUAUGUGUGUGUGUGUGUGUUUGUGUGUGUGUGUGUGUGAGAGAGAGAGAGAGAGAGAGAGAGAGAGAGAGAGAGAGAGAGAGAGAGAGAGAGAGAGAGAGAGAGAGAGGGGGUGGUUCGAUUUUGCGGAACUGCGGUGGUGUGUAGAGGAGGAGAGGAGAGAGAGAGAGAGGUGGUGGUUCGAUUUUGCGGAACUGCGGUGGUGUGUCGAGGAGGAGAGUCAAGAGACGGAGGGAAGAUAGGGCAGAUGAGGAUAGGAUAUCUGUAGGAGGAAGUGGCGCGAAGAACGUCUGAGGGGAUUACAGAUUGGUUGAUUGGUUGAUUGAUUGAUUGAUUGAUUGAUUUUGCCGAUCGGUCCCUGGAGCGGCAGUCGGCGGCGCAGAGGUUCUGCGCGGGGAUCCUGACCAAGGAUAUAGCCAUGGCAAGUCGGUUCGAUAGCAACCCUUUCGACGACGGAUCGAAUCCUUUCGAUGAUCCAGCGGUGACUGCUCAUACUGGUGGUGGUGGAGCAGCGUCGGCCCCAACCUAUGGGGCGGGGUCGGCGCCAUCGUAUGGAACGGGAUCUUUUUAUGAUACCCCAGGGUACCAGUCGAGAGUUGUUGGCGUGGCACCGACCGCGGGGAAAGUACCGGCAUUAUCGGAUUCGGCCACGGAUGAGAUUCCUCUUGGCGGGUCUUCCAGGGACAUAAAGAAGAAGGAGAGGGAACUUAAGGCGAAGGAGGAAGAACUGAAGAAGAAAGAACAGGAAUUGAGAAAGCGAGAAUCGAUGACUGGCGGGAAUAAUGACAAGAAUUGGCCAGCUUGCUUUCCUAUCGUACAUCACGACAUUGCAAAUGAUAUCCCAUCGAAUGUGCAAGGCAUACAGUGGUUUGCAUUUUUGUCAUAUCUUGGACUUGUCGGUUGUCUCGUCUUUAAUGCGUUUGCUAUUCUGUGCGGACUAUUUGCGAAAUCUACAAAUUUUGUGGAGUUCAUUUUUGCAUUAAUCUACCUUGGCACUGCUGUCCCUCUUGCAUGGAUACUCUGGUACAAACGCCUGUAUAAUGCGAUGAGGAAAGACAGCGCCCUUACGUACGGAUUUUUCUUUCUCAUGUAUCUGAUUCACAUUGUAUUCUGCAUUUGGGCAUCGAUCGCUCCAAAUUUGGGACAGUACUCCGGAAGCUUCACGGGCAUAUUUACGCUGCUGGACCAGGUCCAUAGUGGUAUGGGCUUCAUCGCGAUAUUAUUCCUUAUCGGCACGCUGAUGUGGAUGAUAGAGUCAGUGAUGAGCUUGUGGACCCUACGGAUGGUAUAUGGGUAUUUCAGAUCGAGCGGUAAAACGACUGCCGAUAUCAGGAGAGAUGCGGCAGGUGCAGCGGCAAGAGAAGCUGCGAGAGCGGCUGUUUGAUGAGGUUAAGUAUGUGCACUGUUGUGUCUGUACAGUGUUUGCUGGGAAGUUGGAGGUUAGGUGGUGGUCAUACAAUACAUAGGCAAGGGGGCGGAUUUACAGACUGCUUGCGGAAGCCCAUCGGGCAGAAAUAACGAUGCGAAUUUGCACAUGUGCUGCAAGUUAGGUCGCUCAGAAAGACUUUGGAAUCCCGUCUGGCGUAACAGGAAAGAUUGGGCAUGAGUUAUCACCCGUUGCGCGUCUGUCUAAUUACGGUUGGACGGAAGGUUUUCAGAAGAUGGCUUCCGGCGGGUUUGGUUUCCCUCUCCUGUGUGUCAGCCCCAGGCCAAGACCUGAAGGCUGUGCAUUGCUGGGGUUUUGACCCUGAAGGCUGUGCAUGGCUGGGGUUUUGACUUGAGUCAGGACCAUAUUUUGUCCAUGGAAGUGGCUGCUGUUUCCUUCUUCUAGUGUUUGCUAGUUGCAGACGAUGGGCCACAAGACGCGGAUGUAUUGCAAGGCAGUUAUUCUUUCCCUUGUACUGUAUUUGGUAGUACCAGAUCGAUGCCCUCAGGAUUACGAUGUGCCUUCAUUUUGUCUGGAGGCCAUUUGCGAUGUAAAUCAAGGCGCACAAGUUGGCGUUGAAGGAUUAUACGCCGGUUGCUGGUUGCAGCAGCAGCAAGGCUGUAUACAUUGAUUGCUGAUUACAACAGUGGCAAGGGUACGUCAAUUGCUGUUGUCGGGCCUCUUAUGGCAAGCGAGGAGGGUUUUGCUAGCUCGGAAUGUGGUCGUCUGAAGAUGGAUGGGCGCGUGAGCGUGUGGAGGCGGUAUGGGUAGGGGAGGGAAAGGGUUGGCUCCACAGUGAUCGCUGAUUACGACAGUUGCAAGGGUACAGCAACUGCUAUUGCCGGGCCUCUUAUGGCAAGCAAGGAGGGUUUUGCUGGCGUGGAAUGUGGUGGUCUGAAGAUGGAUGCAUGGAUGAGGGUGUGGAGAUGGUAUGCGGAGGGGAGGGAAAAUGGGUUGGCUACACGGUGAUCGCUGAUUACGACAGUGGCAAGGGUACGUCAAUUGCUGUUGUUGAGCCUCAUAUGGCAAGCAAGGAGGGCUUUGCUGGCUUGGAAUGCGGCAAGCAAGGAGGGCUUUGCUGGCUUGGAAUGAGGUGGCCUGAAGGUGGAUGGGCGGGUGAGGGUGCGGAGGUGGUACGGGGAGUGGAUGGAAGGGAAAGGGUUGGGACAAGUGGCAAUGAGGAGUACCUGAAACACAACUCAUGCACAUGUUAUAAUCAACUGGAACCGGCUUCCCUGCAGUAAAAUCACCGAGCACGAGGCACUUCACACGAACUUGAGAUAUGGUCAUGUCUUUCACCGAAACGAUCGGCUGCUGACGAAGGCAGAACUCUGUCAACGUGGGAAUUGUUAUGGGCUGGAUCAGGUAGAGUGCUUGUGGCCCGGCCCAGGUCGAGUGGUUAUGGACCUGGCCAGGUUGAGUGCUUAUGGAUGCGACCAGGUCGGGUGGGUAUUCGCCCGACCAGGUGGAGUGGUUACGGACCUGACUAGGUCGAGCAUCACAAAGGGAAGUGGGGGAGCCCAUAGGCGAGUCCUGUCGUGGGCUCAGCGGAGUGUGACCUAGCUUGAUGAAUGCCUCCCUUGCGAGGUAUAUAAUUGAUCUGAUUUUUAUCUUUUGUAUGUGUGAUGCUGACAUAUGAUUUGCUGUUGUGGUAGUAGGGUAAGGAGGAGGGGGGAAAGUGAAGGCAAAAUGGGCUGCUGUGACAUUUCUUCUUCUUGUUCAAUGUCAUAGGCUUGGUUUUUCGUAGGGCAGGAGAAUGUAAUGCUCUUGAUUUUUCUCUGCCCGCACCGCACCCCGUCCACGAAAUAAAGGUAAUUUUUUUUGUUGCAAACAUUUAUCAUUUUGCGAGUCGUGACUGAUUGAUGAAGUGAGUUGGCGAGUCUACGCCUGCUUGUCAUAGCUGCUUGUGAA